AUGGAGGAUUCUUCAAGAAAUGGUGAAAUAUCACCAAAGCUGCUCCAUUUGAUUCCAGAAGGGAGAAGAAACUUGUUUCAUGAUGAGAAAGCCUCUGCUUACCACACAGAAGAGAAGAAACUUGAGCUAAAGCUAGGACCACCUGGUGAAGAAGACGAAGAUGGUUCACCGAUGAUAAGACACAUCAAGAAAGAACCAAAAGACAAAUCUAUCCUCUCUCUCUCUGGCAACCACUUCUCUCCUUCUCCCACCACCAACAAAACAACAUCUCAGAAAAGAACUGCUCCUGGUCCAGUGGUGGGUUGGCCUCCGGUUAGAUCAUUCAGAAAGAAUUUAGCAAAUGGAAGCUCUUCGAAGCUUGGAAAAGACUCCACUUCCAAUGUUCUUGUCAUCAAGAAUCAGACGUUUGAUGAUGAUUAUGGCCAAGGAAAGACAAUGGAACCAAAGAGGCAAGGAGGAUCGUUCGUGAAGAUCAACAUGUAUGGUGUUCCCAUUGGUCGUAAAGUCGAUCUCAGUGCGCAUAAUAGCUAUGAGCAGUUAUCUCUCACGGUCGAUAAGCUCUUUAGGGGUCUUCUUGCAGCUCAAAGAGAAUCAUUAUCAUUUGAAAAAGAGGAGAAACCAAUCAGUGGAUUAUUGGAUGGGAAUGGAGAAUAUACUCUUACUUAUGAGGACAAUGAAGGAGACAAGAUGCUUGUAGGAGAUGUCCCAUGGCAUAUGUUUGUGUCUUCCGUUAAAAGACUGCGUGUGAUCAAAACCUCUGAGAUUUCUUCAGCAUUAACAUGUGGAAAUGGGAAGCAAGAGAAGAUGAGAAGCUGAAGAAAGAACUUAUACAGCUUUAAAGAAGUAGUGAUGUUAUUUUGCUUUUGCGCUUUUUACUCUAAUGAGUUUUGGUCUUUGAAAAGUGUUUCUAAUUCAAGUCUGAUGUACAUUCUGGUUUGUUACAUGUUCUCUUUGACUUUUGAGAAUUUCAUAGAUGAGUUUUAUUGGAACUCAAGAUCAGACAAUGAA